CGGCGGCUGUACCGACCAGCCGUUCGAUCAGUGUCUUAAAUAGAUACAUUUGUGAAGUGAAAAAAACAUUAGUUUAGUGACUUAGUUUCUUAAACGUGACUGUCGUUCUAAAUUAAACGUAUCAAAAUGAAAUUCACGGUUGUAUUCAUCACACUGCUAUGUGUGUCAACAUCGUUUGCUAUAAAGACAAAAGUAGAAGAACCGAAGGAUAAAAGAGAAACUUUGACAGGUUAUCCGGGAGCCGGACAUUCUUCGCACAGCUAUCAAGCGCCCUCUUUCGGUCAAGGAAGCGAGGAAGCGAGCGCCAUCAGCGUUGGAGCUGGUUAUAGCAUUGGUGGGGCCAAACCUAGCUACAGCUUCGGCGCACAUGGAGCUGGAUCAGGAUACCAGUUGUCGGCGGAAAGCCAACCAUCAAGUGGUCACGGUCCUAUCCAACUUGCACCUAUUACCCUCCAAUCAAGCCAUGGAUCUUUAGUUGGCAAUGAUCUGUCUCAGUUGAUGAGCCAAAUUUCUCACGGUCUUAAUUCAGGAGCGAUUACAUUACAACAAGGUGGACAAGGAGGAGGUUAUCAGUUGGGUAGUUUAGGCGCGCACGGGGGUCAGGAACUCUCGUUACCUCAGUACUCAUUUGGAUCUCCAAAAUCGCAACAACAAUUUGCUGUGCUUGACCAAUCCCAAGCUGUGCCGUCGUAUGCCGCUGGCACUAAGGGCCUCAGUUCUUACAGUUCAACCGGUCCAGUAUUGUUCAGUCCAGCUGAUUCUCAUGGCAACCAAGCUGCUUUAACAUACGGGGCUCCCAGCGCAGGUCAUUCCCUUGGUGAUUCAGGAUCGCUUUCUCUCAGCAAUGCUGGUCAUUCACUGUCUGGAUAUUCAUUAGGUAAUCAUGGACAGGUGUUAGGUGGACAAUAUGCUAGCUUAGGAGCCGGAUACGGUGCUCCCGGAAAAGCAUUCAAACCUUCCGCAUUCUUAGGUUCUUCAGUUCAGGGUGACUCAGGACAUGCUCUAUCAAGCCUUUCUGGAUCAUACGGUGCACCUUCAUUCGGCGGCUCACACGGAGGCUCGGGCUCGCACGGUGCUUUCGUCCUCGGUUCCGGAGGUCAUGGCGCUAGCUUCAGUGGAUCUUUGGGCAAUCUUGGCGGAAGCUCGUCGAAAUUCAUCGCACCUACAUAUUUGCCAUCCAAGUCUGAAGGAUUUGGUUCUUUGGAAUCGAUUGCUGCCUUUUCUUCAGGUGGACAUUUGGAGUCGCCUCCUGCUACCACAUACGGUAUUCCAUCUGGUUCUUUCUCUCAUCAAGCUACAUCAUCUAACAGUCCCCAAUACUACGUGACGUCAUCGAAGCAUUCUUUACCCAGCGGCAGUUUUGGCAGUGGUCCUUCAUACCGUGGGGCAACUUCCGGACACAGUGCACUGAACUCCUAUUCAUCUGGACCCAAAUACAGUUUCGGUGGCUCGAGCUCUCGCUAUGGACCACCCAAAGAUAGCCAUGGAGCUUACAGUGAAACCUCCUACAACACGAUCAAAUACAGCGAAGAACUUAAGCCUCGUAUUCACUAAUUUCUGAAAAGUAUUAAGUGGUUUCGUAAAAGCUAAUCACAUAGUGUGCAUUUUCUGUAAAUAUAGGCUAACUAGAUGUGCGAGAGAGUCUGCGGGCCACGGUCUAGACGGAAAGAUUGAAAUAGCGAAAGCGUUAUUUUCUUUAGACUUAUUUAUAUGCAUCCGUACAGAUAAAUGCUUGGAGUUGUUAAUGUUAAAAAAAUUGUAAACUAUUUUUGGUAUGAAUGAAUUCUUAGACGUAUAAGUGGCCCAGUCCGUUAAUUAUAAAUUAUGCUUUUACAUUGCACUGAUUACCAAUUCAUUUGUACCGUUAAAAUCGAUGUUGACAUUGAAUACGCAGUGAAUUUCUGUACAUAUACCGUUAUAAGUAAGAUAGCUUAUUUAUUAUUGUUAUUAUCUUUAAGUUUUUUGUUAUAAAUAAAUGUUUUAAACAAUUA